UUUCGAUUUUUAGGGUUGAAUUUGAAACUGGGUGCUGCUCGGCAUCCGGGAAGACGUCUGAAUUCUCUGUUCUUAUUUGGGUUGUUGUUUAGGAUCAGAGCGAAUUAUAUAGAAUUCCCUUCGUGUUGUUUUGCUAAUCGUAUUGGAAUUGGAUACCCAUUUUCAGAAUUAUCUAUUUGUUGAUUGAAAUCCUUUUGCUCUGAUUAAUCAUUGAAGCUAUAUCCAAUUCUUGUACAUAUGCAGUUAAAGCUAAGCGAAUCAGUUUUUCUAGUCUUAGCCCCUUUCGAGUUUCAUAAAGUGAUAGGUUUGGUUCCUUAAACAAAGCAGGAAUGAAGUAAAAUUGUAUCUAUUACACUAUGGACAUGAAAAAAAUGUUGUGCAAAGGAUGUAGUCUUAAAUUCUUGGAAUGGGGUAAGAAGAAUCAGUUGAGAAUCAUUUAGAGUUUUGCCCAUCUUUUUGAGCAAGUGCUAUGUAGUUUCUGGAUGGGGAUAUUUCAUUAUACUUGAGCUAGAAAGCUUAGUUUUGUCCAUCUGAAUCAAACUUCGUUCUGGAUGUUAGAGGAGGGAUGGCUGCAGCAGAAGCAAAGCCUCCACGAAAGCAUUCUGAAAACAACUUCCCUGCCAAAGACGAUGACUACAGAGAUUCAAAACUAUUGUCAACUCCAUCGUUUUCCUCAAAUUCAGAACGCAGUGCUGCAUCUGAUCACAGAGCACAUGGGUUUAAUUAUCCAACCAAAGCUGCUCAUAUCCCAAAAUCUUAUCAAACAGUUGACUGUGAGUUGAAGUCAGAUAAGCCACCUGAUUUUCAGCACCAUAAGGGUUUUGCAGUAGGAUGGGCAAAAACUGUGCAGGCUGGACUGGAUAAUUCAAGUGUCCGGAUUGCAAGUAAAACAACUGUAUCUAGUGAGGAACAUCAAAACAUAGAAGAACUUGAACAUCGAGUUUGCAAGGGUUAUCCCACUGAGAGUAACAAUGAAUCUGUAAACAUGACUAAGAAAACAGACUGCAUGGAUGAGUUCCACUACAUUGAGGAUCAUUUUACAGACUUGCACAAUUUUGACAGUCCGAUCUCAAAGCAAGGAGAGAAAGUCUCUUUUGAUCUGGAGUCGCAUUGGACAAGAAUUGAGAAAACUAAGCCAUGGUGGCGUUCUGCUAGUAAAGAUGAGUUGGCUUCCUUGGUUGCCCGGAAGUCUCUUGAAAACUUGGAAAAUUGUGACCUUCCUCAACCACGAACCAAACACCAAAGCAAGGAUGAAUCUACCUGUCCUGAGUGUUUUGGUCAAGAUUGCUUUCUCACUUCACCGUUUACUGAGAUGCAAUUCUCCAGUUUGGAUGGAUAUAACAGGGGAAUGCACCCUUCAGGUGGCAUGGAUGAGAGACAGUUCGUUGUUGGUAGUGUAGGUCACUUGCUGCGUCAUCAAGAUCAUUUCAGAUUAUCAAGCCAUAAAAAGAUAACUAUCUGUAAUAACAGCGUUAGCAGAACUGGUAAUGAAGAAUACGACUCAAGUAGUAUUGCAAAUCUGAAUUCUAGCAAAGCACAAUUGUUGGAAGCGCUAUGCCAUUCACAGACUCGAGCAAGGGAGGCUGAGAAAGCCGCACAAGAAGCAGAUACAGAGAAGAAACACAUUGUCUCACUCUUUCUCAGACAAGCCACCCAACUUUUUGCUUAUAAGCAGUGGUUCCAGUUGCUGCAGUUACAGAACCUUUGCCUUCAACUUAGGAACAAAGAUCACUUCUCAGACGUCUUGCCUUGGGUCCCUUGUAAAGACAGGCAGUUCAAUCAACCUAGAAACAGAAGGAAGAAAAGGGAUCGAGACCAUCAUAAAUUUACAAUGUACGACAUUGCUUUCGCUGUGGGAUUGGGUCUUGCUGGUGCCACUUUGCUCAUCGGAUGGACAACGGGUUGGUUGGUUCCCAUGUUUUGAGUUUCUUGACAUCUCGAACUAGCAGGUUCGUUCUCUGGUUCACUUUGGAUUCCCUGGUCAAGGCAAGGAUACUAUCAUCUUCCACAUCACAAAAUCGAACUUUUGUAAAUAUGUAGAGCCUUUGUAUAUGUUUUAUACUUGACCAACUCUUGGUCAAACUGUAAAUAGUAUACAAAACUACAUAGUAAAUAUAUGGCCGACUUCAUGUCAAAAUGGUGUUUAUCACAGGUUUUGUAUUUGAGUUAUUGUCUUCUUCAAAUUCUCGUGUCUGGGAAGUUGAACAUUUCCCAUCUUGCUCAAUGGAGAGAAUUUGAGCAGUUUGUGAUUGAAAGGCAGUAACAUACUUUCUUAUUUCAGCUGUCUAGUCUACUUUCAAACUGCUUUGCUUUUCUCCACUUGGUAUCCACUAAGUGAAAGACAUCUUUCCUACUUUUCUUCACUUUAUAUAUAUAUAUAUAUAAGACAUUUGCUUAAUAAA